AAAAGAAUUGGAAUUAAGCUUUUGUGUAACAGAUAGAUCAAUGGAGAAAGAAAAGAAAUUAAAAGAACCGAUCCCAGAAAUUGAAGAACCCAUUGAAGUUCCUCUUUUUCAAGUCCCUGAAUGUUAUGUUUACUUGAUCCCUCCAAGGAAAAGUGCAGCUUCAUACAGAGCUGAUGAAUGGAAUGUUAAUAAAUGGGCAUGGGAGGGUACAUUAAAGGUUAUAAGCAAGGGUGAAGAGUGCAUCAUCAAACUGGAAGACAAGGAAACAGGUGAAUUGUAUGCUCGGGCAUUUCUCAGAGAUGGGGAACCACAUCCAGUGGAGCCUGUAAUUGAUAGUAGCAGAUACUUUGUUCUUCGGAUUGAAGAGAAUAUUGGUGGACGCCUGAGACAUGCUUUUAUUGGCAUUGGAUUUCGAGAAAGACCUGAAGCCUAUGACUUCCAAGCUGCUCUUCACGACCAUCAGAAAUACCUGAAUAAGAAGAAAACUGCAGAAGAGAUGGAGCAACAAUACCAGAAUACCUCAUCAGUUGACUACAGUUUAAAAGAGGGGGAAACCCUGAAACUUCAGAUAAAGAAUAAAACUGGUGGCACUAUAAGGUCCAAGUUCUUCGAGCAGGGUCUAAAUAAUCUGUCAUUGGAGGAAAAGGCAAACCGUAAGGAUUCAACAAUAUUAAUCAAGCCGCCACCACCUCCUCCAGCACCACUUUCACCUGUUGGUAAUGCUGCAAGGUCUCCCCCAGUAUCACCGUCUAAAUUAAGUCUCGAGCAAUCUGCUGAAACAAAGGACUCAGCGACAGUGAAAGAGCAGCCAAAUAAAUCAGAAUCAGUUAAAGAUCAAGGUCCACAAGAUGUUGAAGAUGAUGACUUUGGUGAUUUUCAAGCAGCUGGGUGAAUGUUUUGUUGGAAAAACAGUAAAAUUGGAAAACUGAAGUUCAAAGUUCAUACUAGAUACUGUUGUUGAAUAUCUUGGUACAUAUGAUGUGUAUUAUAGUUUUCACUCCAUAUCUUUAUUGUCUUACCUAAACACCUUCUUGCCUAAA